AUGGCGUUCAUGAAGGGAAAAGCACUGGUCACCAAAUUGGCAGCGUUGGCGAGAUACGGUGUUCUACCGGGAGCCAUGGUGGCUGCGCUCGUCUACUCUCCUCCUAAUUACGCCGACAAACACGCCUCUGCCACCACCAAUUAG